AUGGCUUCCCCAGCACUUACCACGGCUGAAAGUCCCUACACAGCCUCCGGCCGGUCUGGGCAGUAUGACGCUUCACCACACGGAGACAGUCCUGAAUUUACCGAAGACACGUCGCCGAUCAAUAGUGUCGCCGACGAUCAAGUGACAAAGCCUCAGCCUCUUCAGAAAAGACGGCGUGUUACACGCGCAUGUGAUGAAUGUCGACGCAAGAAGAUCAAGUGCGAUGGGAAGCAGCCUUGCACCCACUGUACUGUUUACAGCUACGACUGCACGUACGACCAGCCGUCGAACCGUAGACGCAAUGCAACUCCUCAGUACAUCGAGUCUCUAGAGAACCAAUUGAAGCGCGCGAAGGCCUUACUGCACGUCGUGCUCCCGACUGUAGACCUGAAUGAUUCCAGUAUUGACGUUCACCUCCAAAAUGGACUGCUCCCACAAUUGCCAGUAGCCUCGCCGCGCCCGUCCGUGUUCCCAGCUAACCCGCACAUGGCUCACCGCCCUCCGAAUGUUGUGGAAGAUGUACCCGAUUCCCAUCUAGAGGCCAUGGUGAAAGCGACAGGUCAGUUGGAUCUAGACGAGGAAGGCAACUGGGAUUAUCACGGUCAUUCAUCAGGUCUGAGCUUCAUGAGAGGACUGCAGCAGUUUGGGGAUAUGUUUCACACUCCAUCAAAGGCCUCAUCAUCUCUGCGGUUCCGAACAUCGUCUCAAGACCCUCCAUCUCCGAGAUCUACUCAAUCGUUCGCCGAAUCUUCUACUGCUCUUCCGCCUGGCACAGACUUACCAGGUAAAGAGGAGGCACGGUCUCUUUGUAAUACUGCCAUCAUCGAUGCCAGCUCCAUGCUCAGGGUGGUACAUUUGCCUACUUUCUACAAACAACUGGACCGUAUCUAUGACACAUCGCCAGACGAUUACACCAAUGCCGAAAAUAGCUUCCUACCAUUACUAUACGCCGUACUAGCUCUCGGUAAACUUUUCUCAAAGAGUCAAUCUGAGCUUGAACAGGCCGAUUAUGAGCCUCUUGUUGAGGAGGGGGCGUCUCGUCAGCUCCUCGAUAUCACAGAUUGUAGAGACUUGACAUCCCUACAAGCUAUCGUUUUCAUGAUACAGUUUUUACAAUGCUCGGCCAAGCUAAGUACCUGUUACGCUUAUAUUGGAGUAGCUCUACGUUCCGCGUUGCGCAUGGGGCUUCAUCGCUCUUUCAAUGCAAAGUUCAAUCCAAUUGAAUCCGAGACUCGAAAGCGCCUGUUUUGGGUUAUUCGACGCAUGGAUACCUACGUGGGAGCAAUGCUUGGCUUGCCGCGAUUCCUAGAAGACGAAGACGUCGAUCAGGAAUGGCCAGCUGAAGUGGACGAUGAGUACAUUACUGAGACGGAGAUCUUGCCGAUGCCGAGAGGACAGAUAUCCGUCAUGGCUGCGUUCAAUGCCCAUACACGAAUCGUUCAGGUACUGAGCAAGAUAUGUCGAUAUGUCUAUCCCAUCAAGGGGACGCAAUCAGAUGGCAAGAACUCGGUGACAUAUACAGUGAGCUACUCUAAGAUCCGAGAAAUUGAGCAAGAGCUUUCACUAUGGCUGGACGAACUACCUACAGCAUUGAAACCUGGAGGAGAAGCUCCACAAAUUAUUAUUAGAUCGCAGCAGCUCCUCCGAAUGGCUUUUGGACACGCCCAGCUACUACUCUACCGUCCCUUCCUGCAUUAUGUCUCACAGUCUCACAGGGAUCAGACCGUCGAUCAAAGAGCGUUCGCAUGCGCUUCUGCAUGCGUCAGCGUGUCUCGUAACAUUGUCCACAUAUCUACGGAGAUGAGAAAGCGGGGUUUGCUGAACGGGGCGAAUUGGUUCUCCAUGUACACGACGUUCUUCUCCAUUGUCUCCAUCAUUUAUUUCGUAUUGGAGAAUCCUGGCAGCCCCACCAGCUUUGAGCUUCUACGUGACGCUCGGGAAGGCAAAGAGGUGCUAGCGUUCUUUGCCAAGCGGAGUAUGGCAGCUGACCGGUGCAGCGCUGCGUUGAACAGCAUGUUCGAGAGGCUGCCCGAGUCGGCCAAGCACGGUAGAGAGAUUGCCGAGUCGAGGAAACGGCGCCAAGAAAGUUCGCCACAGCCCCAAGCAUUCCGCCCGCAUUUGCUGCAACAAGAAGAUGGCUCCGGGGUCCCGCGGCGCGCUAAUACCUACCCAGAAGGCAUGCCUGACACGAAGCGCAGCGCUCUUGGCCACUCGCUACCAGUUUCCCAAAUACAUCUUUCAAGCCAUCCAAUGGACUCAUUCAACCCACCUAAUCCGUCGAUACCAGACUUUUUCGAAGCAUUGCCUAGACCUGCGCCUACCUCGUCCACAACUGGUCUGGCGUCCUUCAGUGUCAUGCCAAGUCAAACGCAGCAACACCAACAAUCCUUCCCGUCCACACCGUUGGUGAGUUCGCUCACAACCCCAUCAGGCCUGAAUGUGCCGAUAUCGGACAUCUCGACUAUGAUGUUUCCCUCGGCCGAUCCCUUGGCCUAUCCAAAUCAACCGAUGACUACAUUCGAAAACCAACACCCCCAGAUGUUCGAGCGCAGGAUCGACUCUCCGGCCGUUGGUGGACUCCCUCUGCACAUGUCGGGUGUAGAUAUGAAGUUACAACCUACCUCAUUCCACCCCCCAGGUUUCCCUCCCAGACACCCAACUGAGAAUGAAGUGCAGCUCUACGGGUCGAGGCCCAUGUAUCUAAUGCAAGGCGCACCUGCGCAACGUGGAUUCCCAAGUCAACAUGGGAGUCCGAGUGUGCAGAUGAUGGCCCCGAACAUGCAGUUCGACGAUUUGCUCAACCAAGAGGAGUGGGCACAGCCAUUUCUCGACCCUAGUCUAGGGAUGCAUAGCGUAAGACCGCCAUUUGCUGGGAAUGUACAGUUUGGGUCGCAUGAUUCGGAGAUGGGAGGCUGGCAAUGA